GUUGUGUUAGAGCAGUGUGCGCAUGCGUAGUGCCGCGCGGUACGGGUUCCACACUCACCUGGUUCCGCGCGCUGCCCGCCCGGGCUUUCGGGGAUAGGUUCAUACCGACAGCCCGGGGUCGCGCGCUCUCAGUGCACUGCCUCCCGUGGCGUAGCAGGAGCUGUAGCUGCAAGUGUCGGUCUGUCCGGUCGUUCCAGCAGCCGGGGUGGGUGAGACAGACUGAGGAACACCAACCCCGGCGAAGAUGAUGAGGUUUCUGCGGAGGACGUUUGGGCGCCGCUCGGUCCGUCGCUACAUGGAUGAGCGGGAUGGUGGAAGAGGAGGCGGGAGCGCCGCAGUUCGGGACCUGGGCACUGUUGCCGGCGCUGGGGUUCGGUCUUCCACACCUGUUCCCAGUGGCACCAUGGUACACAUCCCUGCAGCAGGCAACAGCAAGUCGAUCCUGACCUGCAAAGUGCAGCUUUUGGAUGGUACAGACGUCAGUGUGGAACUGCCGAAAAAUGCAAAAGGUCAAGAUCUAUUAGACCAGAUUGCUUACCAUUUGGACCUUGUGGAGGUAGACUACUUCAGUCUGCAAUUCAUCGAUGUCUAUCAAGUUUCGCACUGGUUAGACUGCACAAAACCUAUCAAGAAACAAGUGAAAAUUGGACCUUACAGUUUCUACUUCAGAAUAAAAUUCUAUUCCUCUGAACCAAACAAUCUUCGAGAAGAGUUUACACGAUAUCUCUUUGUGUUGCAACUUAGACAAGAUAUUCUUUGUGGCAAAUUGAAAUGUCCUUAUGAUAUUGGUGUAGAAUUGGCUGCUUAUUGUCUUCAAGCGGAGCUUGGGGACUGUGAACCUCUGGAACAUUCUCCAGAACUGGUGUCAGAAUUUCGGUUUAAUCCUAAUCAAACUGAGGAUAUGGAGAUAGAUAUUUUUGCACGGUGGAAGGAUUGCAGGGGGAAAAGCCCAGCACAGGCAGAACUAUGUUACUUGAACAAAGCUAAAUGGCUAGAAAUGUAUGGUGUGAACAUGCAUACUGUCAAGGGAAGAGAUGGCUAUGAAUAUUCCCUUGGCUUGACACCAACAGGCAUACUAAUCUUUGAAGGAUCAAACAAAAUAGGCCUAUUCUUUUGGCCGAAAAUUACACAGCUGGAUUUCAAAAAAAACAAAUUAACACUUGUUGUUGUGGAGGAUGAUGAACAAGGUAGAGAGCAGGAGCACACAUUUGUUUUCCGAUUAGAUAAUUCCAGAGCAUGUAAACAUUUAUGGAGAUGUGCUGUGGAGAAUCAUGCGUUUUUCAGACUACGAGCUCCUACUCAAACUAAAGAGGGAAGAUCAGAUUUCAUGCGUCUGGGAUCACGUUUUAGAUUCAGUGGUAGAACCGAAUAUGAAGCAACACAUAAAAGUAGAUUGCGUCGUACAAGUACAUUUGAGAGGCGCCCUAGCAAACGCUAUCCUUCACGACGGCAUUCCAUGAUUAAAGGUCCAAGUGCCAUGAAAUAUGGACACCCCAGUUCACAGAACAAUGCAGGAAUUUGUGGAUACCAGACUCCAUAUAUGUGCAACAUACCCCCUGUACAACAACACUGGCAUUCCAGUAAUGUUAGGCCACCGCCCCAUGAUGACAGGCACAAAUAUUACAACCGGACACCAUCGCAGGAAGGAAAUGGCAGAAACGCAAGAUAUGUUCAAGAGCAAAAUAUGAAGAACAUGGGAGGCAGGAAACAUAGUGUUGACCAAGAUAAACUCAUGACCACCCAUCCUUUGAUAGCACCAUUAUUAAACAGCACCGAUCUACAGCAGUUCAGCGUAGAAGAAAACGGUGGAACACCAUUCACUGGGAAAACUGGGGGAAGGCAUCACCACCCCAAUCUUGGUCUGAUGACGUUGGAGUUGGAAGACACAGAUGCUUAUCCUGGAAUGCCAAGCCCAAGCAAGUUGAGCUCAACUGUUCUUCCACACUAUGAGGAGGUUGGCAUAUGUUUUAAGCAGCUGGAAGUUGAAGCUGGUAAGCUGACUGGACAGUGGCCCUCAUUACAUAUCAACAUGAAUAACAAGGGUGAGGAAAAGAAGCUUUUAGAAAAGGGGCUACAUUCUCCUGCAUCACCCUCUUCUGUCCCUGAUCAGAUGAAGAGCAACAUCAUUAAAGCCCAGAUGGAUGCUGCACUGAAGGUCGGAGCCCAAUUUAAAAAAGAAGAGCCAGUUCUGAGCAGCCAAACUAAAUCAUCAGGCACACCAGUGGACAGUGUAAGGUCUAUAGAGCCACCUCAAGACAGUACAUCAGUAUCUGGAGUUCCGGAGAAACAACGGCCAAAAGCUCCACGCCUAAGGAAACUUACAAGACAAUACAGCUUUAAUCACAGUGAUGAGGAUGACCUGCCUCCUGCAUUAGCGGCAGCCACUCGAAACAGCCCUCCACCAGUCAGCAAACAAUCCAAUUCUGAUGUUCAGUUACAAUAUCCCACCUGCAUUAAGAAUAGUUUGGAAGAAGAUCACACAGAGUUGGCUUCUCCAGGAGAUCUACUGAUGGACUUUACUGAGGCCACUCCUCUGAUAAAGACAGUACCAGCCCAUCCUUUUUCACCUCUCCCACAAUUUCCUGUUGAGUUAGCAGAUAGCCUAUUGCAGUGUUAUGAUUUUCCACCAUCUCCAGGAAAACCCUCACCAGUAAUGCCUUUGCAUGUGGGUCGAGCUCCAAAUGAUUUACCAAAAUCUUCAUCAGUGACAUUUAUACAUGCAACUAGGCCUCUGACUAAUCCAGGAAAAUCAUCAGUAACAACUGUGCAUGCCAUGAGGCACCUGAAUGAUCCAGGAAAGCCUUCAUCAGUAUUGCCUUUGCAUGCCAAUAGACCCCGGACUGAUCCAGAAGUAUCACCAUCAGUAAUGCCAUUGCACGCAAUUAGAUUUCCAAGUGAUCCAGGAAAGUCAUCAGUAACACCUUUGCAUGCAGCUAGACAUCUAACUGAUCCAGGAGUUUCAUCAUCAGCAAUGCCUUUGCAUGCAAUUAGGUAUCUGAGUGACCCACUCCCACCAGUUCAACAUACUGCAUCUCCAACAGACAGUGCUGAUAAUGUGAGACGUGAACUGGAUCGAGAGAAGAUAAUGAAACGUCUUUUGAUGACAGAACUGUGAAAGCGCAGCUUGGAUCGACUAGCGAGAAUUGGACCAAGGCCUCUGUGUGCCUUUUGUCUGUUUACAUUCCUUGGAUGUCAGACAAAGCAGCUUCAAUGUUUGCAGUCUGUUAAACUUCAUUGUGAUUCAUAAGAACAUUUUUUGUCAUAUUGAACUGGAUGUUUA